CCCGCGGGGUGAGUCGACGCGCGCCGCUUGAAAGCAAACCGCGGAUCGAAGAUCCGCCGCCGUCGCACGGCCGCUUCACUAAGACCGUGAGAGCCGACCAGUGUCCGUGGGCAGUGUUCAGUGGAAUCAUAUUGCGCAAGCCGUCACAGUUGAGGCGUUGCGGAGUGGACUCCGCGUCCAUGGAGGCAACGUCCCGACCAUGGAUUUAUGCUACGCAAGUUUCACCUGUGCUACUGACUUCAGAUGUUGCAACCAGCGGGGUUGGGGACGACGUCGAUGGGUCGGUCUGUUUCUACUCCUGGCGGCUGCCGUGUCAGGUGUGCUGGGCGUCGUGGUCACCGAGGUGCGGCUCCUGUCGGACAGCAACAAGACGCAGUACGUUCUUCAGGGUGAGGGUGCCACGCUGCUCUGCUUCUUCGUGCUGUCGCCGGGAGAAGACCUGCGCCGCGUCCUCUGGUUCAAGGACGGCGCCGAGGUGUACGUGUGGCGCAAGGGACGUCGUCCGCUGGCGCGCAACCUGUUCGACAAGCGCGUCGACCUGAGCAACCGCUCACCGUCCUUCAUCACCAUCCUCAACGCCGACAUGUCGAUGCAGGGAAACUACACGUGCAGAGUGGAGACAGAUGCGGGCGUCUCGCAGAACGACCUUUUCCUUACUGUCAUUGUUGACUCAUGCAAAGAAGACAGCUGGACCACGUUCUCAGAUCGCGUGACGUGCACGGAAACUGUGGAAUUGGAGUGCGGUGGCAUGUUCCCGAAGCCUUCGCCAGCGUGCGGAGUGUAUAACGAUCAGACUGGAGUGUACUUGAACACGGUGCCGUUUGACCGCUUAAGGACUGCAGCCAACUCGACUUACGAAGUGCGACUGCACCGCGUAUUCCAGGUCGAAGACUGGCUCGCCUUCAGGAACCUGACCUUCCGCUGCCACGUCAUUGUCCUUGGGACGGACUGGCGAACAGGAAUCUCACAUAAACUGUUCGGAGACUCAGGGUGCUCGCCCGAUCCUCCGGAGAUAGUGAAUGGCUACUACAACAUCAGUGGCGAGGAGACGUGUUGGCGCACCCCGGCCGAGGGUUCCUUGACGCGUUACUACUGCCUCGAAGGGUUCGAACUGCGUGGUCCUCGGGAGCUUGUGUGCCACAACGGCUCCUGGGUCGUGCCGCCACCGAUGUUUACGUAUUCAAAGAGACAGCGGGCUCCCGCAGCUGGAAGACCCAUCAUCUGCGAAAUGAGCUGCCAAGCCGCUGUUGCGUUCAACCGCUUUUUCACUGCCAUGAUGACAACACUGCCCGUGCUACUGUCCCUCCACCUAAUCUCGCCUGCGCCAUAGAUCCAUUCCUUUUACACGUGCUCAGGACCUACCGGAUGGAGGCAGGAU